UCAAUUAACAAUUCUAUUAAUAUAUAUAAAUAUAUAUAUAUUAUUAUAUAUUAAUAAUAUAUUUAUUCUAUAUCUAUAUAUAGAAUUCCAUAUUCAAUAAUAUAUUAUUCUCUAUUUCCAUAAAAUAUUAUAUUCUAUAUUGAUAUCAGAUAUCAAUUUUUGAUUCGUUUUUUUUUUAUUUAAUUAGUUAUUACUAUUUCAUAGUUAUAUUUAGUAAAUUGCUAUUUAUUAAUAUUUGAUUCAUAUUUCACUCAAGUUACAGAAGUUCGACCCCCCCUCUAAUUUUUUUGUUUUCUUUAUUUGCAUUUUAUGGACUUAUAUUGAAUUUGAAUGUGUAAUUCGUGGAAUGGGAGGGGUCAUCUCAUUUUUUGAUCUGCAACGAAUGAAUUCAAGAGAUAAGAGAAUUAAGGAUACCCACCAAGAAGACUAAUCCAAUCCAUAAAGAUGUACCAGAAAAUACAACAUUUUUGUUACUCGACCACCCAUCAGGAGACGCAAAUACAACGGGUACACUAAUCAGUAAGAUUGAUGAAGUAAUAAUUAAUGCAAAAACAGCCAAUUGAAAAGCAAUAGUCAUGUUUUUAAUCCUCCAAGCUAUUAACAAUAUACACCAUUUAAUCCUCUUACCCACUAAAAAAAUUUUAAUAAAUAAAGGGAUUUUAUCAUGAAUCCGUUUAUUCGAGAUGCCUUAUUUCCAACUUCUUUUUACCACUUUUAUUCUAUUCGGACAUGAAGUUAAAGGUUCUUUUUUACUUCACAAAUGGGUAGACUGGAUCAUGUAUCUCAUUUAUAUAGACCAAUUGAUAGACUUAUAAAGAAAGUCACACCCUAUAUCUUUUUCUACAUAGUGAUCGUAUUAACUCAUCGAGCUAUGUUCUAUUUGGCGAAAAAAAAGAUAAAAUAGAAAUUAUCUUUUGGAGAGAUGGCCGAGUGGUUGAUGGCUCCGGUCUUGAAAACCGGUAUAGUUCAUAAAAAAUAACUAUCGAGGGUUCGAAUCCCUCUCUCUCCUUUUGUUGGAUGAAUAGAUUUUUUUCUUUAUUGGCUUUUUUUACUUCUUAGCAUCAUAAAAAAGGAGAAUGGCUCGGCUAUACUAUCCAGCCGAGCCAGAAAAAACGAGAUUGAAUUGAAAGAAAGAAGACUUUUUAAUAUGACCCGAUUUUUACUUUCCUAUUUUAACUACUACUUUAGUUAAGAGGAGUCAUAGAAAGAACAGGUUCAAAAUCACGAUCAAUUCCUUUUUCAAAUCCUGCUGCCGCUGCCCGAGCUCUUCCCGCGUGCCAUAAAUGACCCACGAAUAGGAAGAAUCCUAGAACAAAAUGAGAGGUAGAUAACCAACUUCUCGGAGAGACGUAAUUGACUGCAUUGAUCUCAGUAGCUACGCCCCCUACAGAAUUUAAGGAACCUAAAGGAGCAUGAGUCAUAUAUUCUGCAGAACGUCGUUCUUGCCAAGGUUGUAUGUCUUUUUUCAACCUACUUAAGUCCAAACCAUUAGGACCCCUUAAAGGUUCUAACCAGGGAGCACGCAGAUCCCAAAAACGCAUUGUUUCUCCUCCAAAAAUAACUUCUCCAGUCGGGGAACGCAUUAAGUAUUUACCUAAACCUGUAGGUCCUUGAGCAGACCCCACGUUAGCUCCAAGACGUUGGUCUCUAACUAGAAAAGUAAAUGCUUGAGCUUGAGAAGCUUCUGGCCCUGUAGGUCCGUAAAACUCACUAGGGUAAGCAGUAUUAUUAAACCAGACAAAACAACAAGCAAUGAAACCACAAACAGAUAAAGCAGCUAAACUAUAAGACAAGUAAGCCUCCCCAGACCAUACAAGUGCGCGGCGAGCCCAUGCAAAAGGUUUGGUUAAGAUAUGCCAGAUUCCACCAAA